AAGUUAGUUCAUGUCAUGGCAGUUCAUUGAGUUGGGGGUGCUGCGGAGCCUGCGGAAAAUUUCAUCAAAAUAAUAAUAAAAUCUGAGUCAUUCCACCAAAACUUUCUGCAGAAACCUGCAGAGAUGAAUAACAUGGAUAAUUUGAAGUUAUUUAGCUCGAUGGGGUCGGAGGAAAACUGGAGAACGCCAAACUUUAGACAAAGCGUUGUUUCGAAGAUUGAAGAAGUAAUCCAGCGCUCCGGCAUGCAGGUGGCUAGAAACAGCAGCGAGAUGGAGAACCAUGUGUUCAAUAAGGCCAAGACGCGGGAGGAAUACAUGAACAUGGUGGCCAAGCUUAUACUGCAUGUCCGGGAGAUGUCUGCUCAACCAAAACAGAACCAAGGCCAAGCCAUGCAAGGACCCAACCAAGGCCAGGCUGGCCCCAACCCGCAGCAGAACCAACAGCCCAACCAACAAGGGCCGAGUCAGCCUGGCCUGGCUCCAGACCCUAUCAAUGCUCUGCAGAACCUCGCCUCGCAGGGGACGAGGAAUCAGAUGAUGAAUAUUGGACCUCAAGGCCAAAUGCAGCAGCAAGGCGUAAUGGGCCCCAACCCAGGCAUGAUGCAAGGACAGAUGGGUCAGCAGACCAUAGUGUCCCAGGGACAGCCGCAGACGGCCACUAAUCUGCUGCAGACGCUCAACCAGCGGCCACAGAUGAACAUGCUGCAAGGGAAACUGCAGGGCACUAUGGGCAUGGUCCCAAACCAGCCACCGAUGGGCGGUAUGGGCAUGUCCGGCAUGAACCCCAUGGGCAACCAGCUGCAGGGGCAGCUCGGGGCGGGCAUGCAGGGGCAGAUGAUGUCCAACAUGCCCAUGGGGGCCAGCAUGCCCAUGGGCGGCAACAUGCAGUGCCAGCCCGGCAUGCAGGGGCAAAUGCAAGGGCAGAUGCAGGGGCAAAUGGUAGGUGGCAUGGGCAACAACCCAAUGGUGAACACCCACAUGCUACACAUGCGACCGAAGCAAGAUGUGGGGAUGGUGGGCUACAGGCAGCCCCCGGGGCAGUUCCUCCGGCAGAGCCCCAGCCCGUCUGCCCCCAGCCCCAAUAUGCCCCAACCCAGCCCCGUGUCCAUGCAAGGAGUGAUGGGCGGGGCGCUGCCGUCGCCGCUGGGGCUGAGCGGGCUGGGCGGGCCGGGCGCGCCCUCGCCCUCCGCGCACCUGCAGCACCACGCGCCGCAGCAGAGGUAACUAUUCAUGGGCAUGGUGGCAUCCCCAUCUUCGUCUCUAAAUACGCCCGUGGGAGCGUCUGUGGCGUCCCCCAGCAAUGAAGACGCCGCAUACAGGGAUAAAGUGCGCCAGCUCAGCAAGUACAUCGAGCCUUUACGAAGAAUGGUGCACCGCAUGGUCAGCGAGGGAGAAAAUGUGGAGAAGCUGACGAAAAUGAAGAAUCUCCUAGACAUUCUGUCGAACCCGAACAAGCGGAUGCCUCUGGAGACCCUCAUCAAAUGCGAGGUGGUGCUGGAGAAACUGGACUUCAAACGCGGGGACGGACUAGGCGUACCCGCCUCGGGGAAGGAGCAAAUCUUCAACCCCUUACUAGAGGUAGUAAACAACUGCCUAUCCUCCCCGCUCGCUAACCACACGCUCAAACGGACUUUCGGGUCCACAUUAGACGCGCUCAAUGGGCCUGAGAUCAAAAACCUGCCACCUCCGUUGAAAGUGCCAAAAAUGGAAGAGCCAGCAAUGGAAAUACCAGAUGUAUUGCAAGGAGAAAUCGCCAGACUAGACUCUAGGUUUAAAGUGUCCCUCGAGACGAUGCAGCUGGCGGGCGGCGUGGGCGCCAUCUCGCUGGUGGCCAUGCUGGACGACGCGCGCCUGCCCUGCGUGCCGUCCGUGCUGCUCGCCGUGCCGCGGGGGUACCCCGCCAGGCCGCCCGCCCGCCUCCGGCCCAAACACGGGAAACACGACAAACACGAGUUCCUGGCCCGGGUGGAGCAGGCCAUGGACGCCAGGGUUGCUAGAUUACCAAAAAGCUGCUCGGUAGGGCAACUGCUUGACGCGUGGGAGAUGUCGGUCCGCCAGGCGUGCGCGCCCAACCCCGUCUCCUACACCCCCGUGCCCGCCCUAGGCCUGUAAACUCAUGGGCUCUCCAUACAAACACCAACAUUCUUAACUGUACAUUCGUGAACCUUAAUACAAACGUCAUAAGGUCCACCGAUGGACAGUUACUUAAUUUCGUUUGUUUAAGAAAGCAAUGAAACAAAGGAAAAGCUACUUUAUUUGGUUUAAUGAAAGGUUCUAAUUACAUUAAAACAGAGGGGGUUAAAGUGCAACAGAGAUAGCAACAGGCGGGUCAAUAUACGAAAUUCCUCGUGGUAAGCGUCCUUUCUUUAAGGCUCACGUUGGGCCAACGCCAACGAGAGACGCAGCCAUGCGGUAGAAUGAGAUAGCAAUAUCACUUGCUCCCUCUAACGCAUAAAUGCGUCCCUCGUUGGUGUUGGCGUUGGCCCAACGUGAAGAGGAGCCUUUACAUAUAUGUGACUCAGGCAGUCAUAUUUUCAUGAAAUAUGUCUUCAAAUUAAUUAUAAACUAGUUACUUCUUUAUUAUUUCCUAAACUGUCCUUGAAUAAUUUUAAGAAAUUUUAUUAUAAAAAAAUAUUUUUAGUUUAAAAUUUUAUUCAUAAUUUAGUUAAGUAAUCAUAUUUAUUAGGGAUCCUCUUUUUAACUGAUAUUAAACUUGUCUUUGACGUGAUAAGUAUCUGUGAUAAUUUAAUAUUUGUACUAAUACAAACAAUUUACAGCUUUUAUACAGAAAAUUCAUCACAUUUUAUACAUACCUAUUUUCUGUCAAAAUGUUUGCUUGCCUGCCUAAUUUCGUCUAUACAUUUCACACGUACAGUCUGACAAAGAAGAGUAGAAAUUAAAAAGUGGCAAUACUGUAGUGUCGUCCCGUUUUCUUAUAUAAGUUAGUUUGAAAGGGACGACACUACAGUAUUGCCACUUUUUAUUAAUUUCUACUCUUUUUUGUCAUACUUUAGACAUAAAAAUGAAUUGUCUUAUAUAGACGACAUAUUAUAAAUAUUAUAAUGAACAUGGUUUUACGUUUCAAGUGGCUAUGCCAUAGUUCUUAAUAGCUGUACCAGACGGGCGGACCGGACCGCGACCUCGGUCCGGACCGAGCCUUGUCCGAUCGCUUGUAAGGUGGUCCGUUAAGAUCGCAGCUAUAAGUCAGAGCAAGAAACAUAUUGAGCGGACUAAGGUCGCGGUCCAGUACGCCCGUCUGUUACGGAAAAUUUGUUAACGAAAAUAGACUCUAAUGUGAUGAAAUUACGGGUAAUUAUCGAAAUUGCCCGACAUUUUGUAGUAUUCAAAUUUAUCCGAAUACACUUUACUUAUAUUAUUGUACUACUUUUUUUUACAGCGUUAUCCAAUUUUUGAUCCUCAAAAUUAUUCCAAUGUAUUUCACAAAAGACAAUAUUUAUUGUAAUUUCCAUGAAAUGGGAUCAAAAGUAAUACAACAAUGAAUUAAUGUAUUUUAAGAUUUAAGAGGUCCCUGAAGUCUCCGAAUUGAUGUUGUAAGUGUUUUAAAGCAAUAAUUGUUUUAAAUAAAUGUCUAUAAAACAA